AAAAAAAAUCCAAGCACCGUGCUUCGGGGAAAAGUAGACAGUGGGGAGAAUUUUGAUGAAGCUAAAGCGGACUUUCUUGCAGGAUGGAGAAACCACCGGCACUGCACAUCGUCGUAAUUGAGUGUUUUAUUACAAAAGCGAUUUGCAUGAAAUAUCCAGCAAGUGCUCUAUUUAAUAGGCACCUAGCAACAAGUAAUAAACAUCGAAAUUGUUCGAUGAACAAACUGUCGUAACCUCAUAAUGUUGGAUAAAAAUAAAACCCACGUUUGUGCGAUUACAAACUCCGACACGUCCGAGAGUAUGUUGCCGGCGGAACAUCCUCUGGCCCCGUUGUCCAGAAGACUGAAGAGAUUCCUGAAGAAACAGAUCCUGGUGUCGGAGCGCAAUCCCCAAACUUCAAUUUUUUUCUUAUCUUCGGCGAUAAUUGUCGAAGAAAAGAAGCGACAAGUAGAAUCUGGAUCUUGGAUCGUGCAUCCGUUCAGCGUUUUCAGGAUUUACUAUGAGAUGUGGAUGACAUUCGUGUUCCUUGCUAAUCUCAUUUAUAUCCCCAUGGGUGCGGCCUUCGGCUUCCUCUUCAUCUUUGAUGGCAUGACGGAUCUUGUUUUGAACACAUUUUGUUUAUUCGAUGUUUGUAUGAAUUUUUUCACCGGAUACCGGCUUCCAAGUAAUGAAGUUGAAAUGAGACCGAGAAAAAUUGCCAAACACUACGUUUUUGGAAUAUACUUUACAUGCGAUGUUUUGUCGUCUAUGCCCUUCAUUGCUUUUGAAACGCACAAAUAUUUGGACAAUAUAUUUUCUCUUUUGAAAAUUGUAAGAAUUGGCACAUUAUUGAAGUACACGGAGAGAAGUUUCCAUUUUUUUAAAAUCGGGAGCUUUUACAUCCGGUUAAUAAUGGUGCUAUUUUUGAUAGUUCACUAUAUUGCUUGCGUCGAUUUUUACGCACCGUUGCUUAUAAUGAGACUUACUCAUGGACAAGUAGCCAGGGAUACAUUCCUCUUGAAAAGACUGGGAAAAAUAGAACCAGAUUUAAAAACGUUUCUUCGUUGGUAUUCAAUCAGUUGCCAUUACUCCACGUCCUAUCUCUUGUCUAUCGACCUAAAUUUUAAUUUUAAUUGGCCGGUUAUGGCGUACAUCAACGUAAUUGUUUUUUGUAUAUUUGGAAAAAUCAUCAUGGCUGUAGUAACAGUUAUACUUGUCAAUCGUUAUCAAGUUCACAAAAGUGUGGAAACGAAGUUCUAUGAGAUGAUGAGUCAAAUCGAUGCAUUCAUGGAAGUUCAUAAAUUCCCCUUUCAGUUACAAAAGAGAGUGCAUCAAUACUACAAACACAAAUAUAGGAUGAAGUUUUUUGACGAAAAUCGUUUUAAUGAUAACAUUUCCGAAAAUUUACAAAUAGAAAUUAGAUACCACCAGUUGAGCACUUUAAUAAAAAAUGUAACCAUCUUUCAUUCUAUACCCUCAGAAGUUCUUGAAAAAUUGUUCAUGCAUUUGAAAAAAGAAAUAUACUUGCCACAAGACGUAAUCAUCACAGCUGGGGUCAGCAGAGAUUCGAUGUUCUUCAUCAGUUCCGGAACUGUAGCCGUAUUUUCACCGACAGGAAAAGAAGUUUGUCACUUAUCCGACGGUGAUUAUUUCGGCGAAAUCGUUUUACUUUUUCCGCAUAAAAAAACCACGGCGAAUAUAAUAGCUUUAGAAAUUUGCGAAGUAUAUAAAUUGGACAGAAAGUCGUUCAAAAAAUGUUUGGAGAACCAAGCGGAUCUUUAUAAAAAGAUUCAAGAGGAAGCCAAGAGAAGAUUAAAGGAGACUCAUCAGAUACACACAAGGCAAAUUUUGGUCACUCCCACGAAACCGCGAGUGUUGUAGAUUGAACAUUUGAUGUAAAUGGUGUUUAGAUUUUUAAUAAAGGUAAUAAAAGUGCUACUGUGAUACAGGUGAGGUUUUCAUUAUUUCUCU